AUAUAGAUAUAGUGUAAAAGCUGAGAUCCUUUGAUGACAUCCUGUGUGAGGUGUCUAACAGAAGCAUAAAAGCACCGGGUGAUGAAGCAGGGCCGUGGUUCCUGCUCGGGGAGGUGAGAACUGUCCGGUGCUGAAGGGGGAAGAUGAGCUCAGCGCGCGCCGGGGGGCAGGUAACGUCAGCAGUCGGCCGGAGCAAGGAAAGACUGUGAAUACACACCUACCAAGUGUUUAUCGGCGCUCAAUCACUGAUACACAUCGACUCACAUUAAUGAUGGGCAGCUAAUCACCUCCGUGUGACUCAGAGACGCUUUAUUUUAUUUUAUUUCGGCGCCUCAGCAGCAUCCCGCGCCCUCCGCUCGGCUUGAAAUGGGAUGAUAUGGGAUUUUUCAUGUCGACGAAGAUCGGAUGGAUUGUUGCCUUUGCCACCGUAUUCCUGUCCUUAGCGGUGCCAGGAGACUCUGUCGAUGUGAAGUGUGAGAACAUUUAUAAGGACUUCUCCGAAUGUGUCCUGGAGCUGGGAGAGAGCAUGGACAACUACCAGGAGAACGUGACCAGUGAGAGGGGAGUGGCAGCUGUGUGCAGCCACUGGGAAGCUUUCCACACUUGUGCCCUCACGGCGCUGUCCGACUGUCAGGAGGAAGUCAGCUCCAUCUGGGAGACUCUGAGGCAGGACUCCAGGAAGAUACGCUUCCAGGGAAGUCUGUUUGAUCUGUGCAGUCCCAGCUCCUCUCCCAGUCUAAGUUCACCUAGCGCUGUCCUCAUCUUGCCGCUGAUGCUGGCCUUGACUGGGCCCGGCUGGGCUUCUGCAUAGAUGGAGCAGGGCUUGGGUGAGGAGGACGUCGUAUUCGCUGUGCUUCGGUCCUCCAGAGUUUAAACUUCAAGCCAAGGAUUUAAGAGCACAAAUGUUUCAAAGGAUUAUUUUGACCUAGAGUCGCUGAUGUCUGUGAUGAAUGAGGUUUGAAAUUCUCUCAAAUACUCCAGCUUUGGGUGGAGUGGCAGAAAGAAUUGCAUUAUAAACAGAUUAAAAGCACACACUCUCGUGGAUUUCACAUUCAAUUUGGUCAGCUCGUUCUACUAUCAGGCACCUGUGGCUCUGGGUUACUAACACUGUACAAGGAGCAGGCACAUUGCCGCAUAUAUCUGUACAAUGUCGUGCAGUCAAACACAGCUUGCAAUAUAGUUUACCUGUGUGAAAAUAUAACGUCCAAUUUUUGUAGUUUUUAAGCCCAAAUAACUUUUUAUUCAUCGCUCACAUUUUUGUAUAUAAGAUAGUAAUUGCAUCCAUGGUGUGUUUUGUGUAAAGUCUGAUUUCAUCAUGCUCCUUAAAGAAAAAGUUACAAUAAGUAAAUUAGAAAACUAACCCCACUUUAAGAUCUCACCAGUAAAUAUGAAAGGCACAGCAACCAGUUUUAGCUUAGCUUGUCAUUAAAUAUAAUUUUUUUUCACUUUUGUAUAAUUUGAAGAAAUGAUUUAUAAAAUGUUUGUGAGUGAUCUGUGCUGGCAGUUCUACCCCGCCCUCUUAUUUCCAGUUUUUAAGCUAACCAGCUGCUGCUUGUAGUACAGACGAUGGGGCUGUCAGACUACUACAAUGCCAGUCUGCCUCUUUAAUUAUGAGCUACAGCAUAAACCUUUUGACCUCCACUGAGUUUGUAUAAGCACAGCUUUGCUCUGUGAAAACACUAAAGAGACACGUCAUGAAGAACAACAUCUUACCGAGCUUUUAAGUUCCUUAAAAACUUGGUACGAAAACCAAGGAAAUUACUGUUUGGUUGGUUGUCCUCUGUUGUAACAAUGCUUCUUGGUAAUAAAUAUUAUAGUGCUGGAAAGCCUGUUAAUUUCUCCUUAAAUGUUGCCACAUUUGUAAGGAAAACGUAUUUUUGGGUUGAGCAGCAGAGUUGAGUAUGUGAGUUGCACCCAUGAAAACCUUGCCAAAUCUUCAGCUUAUUCUGCUACUGACUCUUGUUUGGUGCUUAUUGGAUUGGACGAUCGAAGUCUGAAGAAACAAAGUAUAUUGGCAAUUUAACAAUGUCAAACCAGAUUUGACAAGUUUUUCAUGGGUGCAGCCCUCAUACUCAGAUUUAUUGCCGAGACGUAUUGUUACAACAUAGAAAUUAUUGACCAAACGCAAAUUUCCGUACUUUUUGUUUAUUUAAGGUUGUUACCUAUCAAACAAAGAGCCAAAUCAGACUCGACAUGACUAAACAACAUUUGUAUGCACUAUAGAGGUGAAUUCACCCUUUAACUUGUUUUGAAGUGUAGAAAAUGUUGUUGUAAGGUGACAAUCAAGCAGUUCAUACACAACUUUGGAUUCCCUUUCUCCUUACGAGGCUUCAGCCCAUCAUGGCUGAUGUUGCAUAGCUGCUAUAAAGACACCAAAAAUAGGGGAUGUAUAUUGCACAUGAUCCAUGUUAAACCUUUAGUUAAACCACGGCUCCUUUUAAUUUUCCAACCCACUGAUUGUUGUGUAAAAACAAAAUUUUCGUUUUUGUGACUUUCAGUUGCAUUCUGUGAGAAAAUGCUCACUUGUUAUUAACACCCUAUUACUAACCUUGUGCAUUAAAGUAGUCUGCAUACUCUAGUAGAUGACAGAAUACACGUGGAUGGCUUUUCAAAGACAAAUCUGCCAUAAAGUUCUACUGAUUACAUCAUUAAUAUGUGUUUGAUAUAUCAAACAAUGUACUCCUCUUCUAAAUUUUUUUUUAUCUGUUAAGUCAAAUUGUGAGAAUAAUAACAAACUUCAGAAACAGAAAGAUUAAUGUGUAAUAACUUGCAUCUAUUUAGCACAAAAGUCUAUGAGAUGUCAUAAGUAGUAAUUGUCUUUUGUGAUUAAUAUUUUGGUGAAUUUGUCAUGAAAAAAAAUGGUGUUUAUUCUUAAAACAGCAUCAAGCCCUUUGGUUCGGAGUAAAUUCAAAUGUUGGAGAAACAGUGUUUAUCUUUUGUUUGUUUUGCCCAAACUGUGUCCAUAUAUACAUAUUUGCUUUAAAACUGAUCCUAACAAAAUUUAAAAAGUUGGAUCAUUCAGUCAUUUAUGUUAUCACAACUGCAUGGUAAUUUUUGUGACAGUGCUUCAGAAAAAUGGACAGUUUGUUAAUUUUACCUCGGAGAUGGCGUGCAGUGGUCUUGAUCUGUGCAUGAAGUUACGCUAGCUCCUCAGUGUGUCUGCAUCCUUUGUUAUGCAGAUGUAUUAUCCUCACCCCCAUACCUACCUAAACUCCAUCAGCAUGUUUGCUCUGUUUCUAUUUCUUUCAUCUUUCAAAGUGCAAUCCCUUUUCCAAAAAAGGUGGGAAGAGCCAAAUAAAACAGAAUGCUUGGAUUUGGAAAUCAUGUAAACCCCUAUUUAAAAUAAAUGUAACACACCAUACUAAAUAUAAUGAGAUGGAUAGUGACAAAUGUCACUGUGUUGAUGACAGCAGCACAUCUCAAAAGCACUUGAGAUAAGAGCGUGUUCAUCACUUCUUGAAACAACACUCCACAAGCAUUUGGUAAAUGAGAAAGCCAAAUGUAGUUCUGAAAUCAAUUUUUUCCCAAUUUAUGCUCGUUAAGCUGCUCAACAGUUCAGUUGUUCUCUGCAGAAGAUGCCACGAUGAUACGUUCUUUUAAAGCCUGUUUAACAUGUAUGAUGCCUUCACAUACACUGGAUGGACAAAAGUAUUGGGCUACCCACAUGUUACACCUACAGGAGCUGCUCGAUUAUGGAAAGUCGUGCCAUGAAGCUCCUAGUGGACAGUUUUUGUGCUGAUGUUAAUGCAAGAGGAGGCUUUCUGCAGUUACUAAGACAGCAGAGCGUUGGCAGCUUUUACGCACUAUGCACCUCAGCGCUCGCCAGCUCUGCUCUGUAACUUUAUGUGACCACUCUUUGGCUGAGUUGUUGUGGUUCCUAAACGCUUCCACUUUGCAAUAAUACCACUAACUCUUGAUUUAGACUUCUGCAGGGAAUCUUUGUAGAGCCUACAACGUAACUUACGUAAGUGGCUGAUGUCGUUUGUGCUUGUGCUGGUGCAUUAUGUGUGGUCAUGUCUCAGUAUUUUAUAUGCCGUGCCAGGUGAUAGGAAUAAAUAAACUGCAGGGAUUUUUUUCCUCCUCUUAUUGAAGUCAGUUUUUUUGAGGGUGCAAACAUAUUUGUUACUCUGGGGGGGAAUAGCUUAAGCAAUUUUCCUCCAGGAAUUUGCUGACAUUUAUGAGUCUUCAUAUUGAUAUGAUUAUUUUUCCUUUUAAUGAGGCAAUGAUUGUUAUUCUCACACUGAUAAAUUCAAAAGGAAAAAUCAACAGGACUGAACAGGCCAGUCACAAUAGCUGACAUGUAGUCGAAUCAGGUUAUGGCUCAGGGUUUAAGAGGGGUUUGUGGUUGCGACAAUUACAGCAUAGAUCAAAAAGCAUAAACCCCAAGUAACAACUAAUGUUGUAACAAUGACAUCCUACUACAGGGCAGCACUUAAAUUCAGUGAGUUCUUGAGAACAACCCAUUCUUUCACAAGCAGACUGCAGGUGUGGCUACAUGCUUGAUUUGAUACACCUAAAUUCAAACUUUAAGAGGCGUGGCCUAAUACUUUUGUCCUGUAUAGCAGCGGUCCCCAACCCCCGGGCCACGGACCGGAGUUGUUUGGCACCGGGCCGCAAGAGUUGAGGUUCGGGUGUGAAAUGUAUGGUUUUCAGGGUUUUUAUCGUUUUUUAUUUUGUUAUCGUUUUUAAUCGUUAACUCGGUUUUCCUGGGUCUUUUCACGUGUGUUAUGAAUAAAUCUUCUUUUUUUGGUACUGGUUUUAUUUUGUUGUAUUUAUCCGCGACACCUUAAAGGCCAGUCCGUGAAAAUAUUGUCGGGCAUAAACCGGUCCAUGGCGCAAAAAAGGUUGGGGACCGCUGCUGUAUAGUAUAUCUGCAAUUUACCAUACCAUGCGUACUAAUGCUUCCCAUACCAUGGUUGCUAGUAUGUAGGUGGUAAGAUUUAAUAGUUUAUGCAACUACCAGAGAAGACAACAUAUCAGGAUGUUUCUUUAUUUUUGUUUUCAUUUCAAGACAAACCUGUUCUCUGACAGUGGUCCUGAGUCGUUAUACUGAUCUUCACAACAUAAUCAUGUCGAUUUCUAAUGCAGUGCUACGUGAGGCCCUGAAGGGCACACCUUCAACAUUAGCUUUUAGCCAUUUCACUUGCAUACAGAGAUUUCUUUGGAUUUUCUCUGAACCUUUUAGUGAUAUUAUGCACCAUCCUUACUUACUUCUGAGAUGCUUUCUUUACUAACAGUCAUUUUACUCGCCUGUCCAGUAGUUUUAACAGCAUCAUCUUCAAAAUGAGAACAUAUUUAAAAAUAACAAAGUUAAAGAAUGUUUACUUUGGACUACUUUCAUGAAUCACGGGGUUUAAAUUUUUUGCAAAACAAUGCACUCUGUUUUUAUUGAUAUUUUUGCCUAAUGCCACAGCUUUUUUAGAAAGAGGUUUGUACUGCUGUUACGUCAUCCACUGUGUACCUGGGCGUAACAAUACAAAAAAAAAAAAAGUUGUGAUGUCCUCAAAGCAUGAGCAAUACAAUAGUCACUUCUUAAGAGGGGACUUUUUUCCCUGCUGUUGAACAAAGCAUGAUGAUACCAUAGUAAUCCUAAUAAUGACAGCUCAAACAUGGAAAGAACUCCUGAAUGUAAAACCAAGUUUUGAUGAUCCAUGUGAGGGUUUGGUUUUUUUCAGUUUAAUACACAAUUUACAAGACUGUAUAAAGCAAUAUAUGGAAAAGUAAUGUGUUUAUAAUAAUAAAGCACAAUGUUUAAAACCUAAGUGUGUGCUCACUGGCUUCAGGAGAGUAACAGCACUAAGACGUAAACUGGUGGUACAUUUACUGAUGGCAGCCAAUCCUUUUUAACCCAUCUAUUACAGUUUCUGUUUUUAGUCAUCCCCGGAGCAAAGUGAGGGUAAGGACGACUGCAACCAGCGUUUUUCAACUCGUUAGUGCUCUCCCAUCUGCUGCUUUCCACCUGGACACUUCCUGCAG